AUGACCUUGACGUCUAAAUCCGACUUUGCAGAUAUUUGCAGAAACCCAUUACUGACAUCACAAGGACACGUGACGUCUGUGUCAUCCUCCAGUGAGUAUGGUUCCAUCGACCCUAAGAAUGUGUACGACGCCUCGAGAUCACUACUGAACACUACCGAACAGACACUCAACAAUAAAACUGUCCUAAACGGAGCUUGGGUGGCCGCUACUAACGACAGAAAUCAAUAUAUACAGGUGAACUUCAGCGCGCCACAUUUACUGAGGGGUGUGACCACCCAGGGAAGGAAUGGAUGCUGUAAGGACUGGGUUACCAAGUACGCUGUCCACUACAGCUACGACUGUCAACACUGGGUAGCUGUGGGUGGGGCAAACGAAACGUUGUUUACCGGAAAUACUGACCAGGACACACCCGUCACCAGUGACCUCGGCUGUCCAAUCUGGGCCCGAUGUGUACGAAUCUAUCCUAGACAGUGGCACAAAAAUGUUGCAAUGCGCAUUGAUCUUCUCGGCUGUCCAAUAAAACAACUUCCAGAUCAGUGUAGCACACCUCUAAUAGCUGUACAUAGUAAUCCACCCGUAUCAACAACUACUACGAGUCACAGUACUAUAUCGACAACGUCUUCACCCCAGUCUAGUACAACAGUGUCAACACCGAUAUCUAGUACAACAGCAUCAACAUCAGUGUCUAGUACAACAGUGUCAACACCAGUGUCUAGUACAACAGCAUCAACACCAGUAUCUAGUACAGCAUCAUCAACAUCAGUGUCUAGUACAGCAUCGUCAACACCAGUGUCUAGUACAACAGCGACCACCCUAGUGUCCAGUACAACAGUAUCAACACCAGUAUCAAGUACUGCAUCUUCAACACCAGUGUCUAGUACAACAGCGUCAACACCUGUGUCCAGUACAGCAACAUCAACACCAGUGUCUAGUACAACAGUGUCAACACCAGUGUCUAGUACAGCAUCGUCAACAGCAGUGUCUGGUACAACAGCAUCAACAUCGGUGACUAGUACAACAGUGUCAACUCCAGUAUCAAGUACUGCAUCAUCAACACCAGUGUCUAGUACAACAGUGUCAACACCAGUAUCAAGUACAGCAUCGUCAACACCAGUGUCUAGUACUACAGUGUCAACACCAGUGUCCAGUACAGCAACAUCAACACCAGUGUCUAGUACAGCAACAUCAACACCAGUGUCCAGUACAGCAUCGUCAACACCAGUAUCAAGUACAGCAUCGUCAACAACAGUAUCUAGUACAACAGUGUCAACACCAAUGUCUAGUACUACAGUGUCAACACCGAUAUCUAGUACAACAAUGUCAACACCAGUGUCCAGUACAGCAUCGUCAACACCGGUGUCUAUGUCCAGUACAGCAUCGUCAACACCAGUGUCUAGUACAACAGUGUCAACAACAGUGUCUAGUACAGCAUCAUCAACAGCAGUAUCUAGUACAACAGCAUCAACACCAGUGUCUAGUACAACAGUAACACCAGUGUCUAGUACAACAGUGUCGUCACCAACACCAGUAUCUAGUACAGCAUCGUCAACACCAGUGUCUAGUACAACAGUGUCAACACCAGUGUCUAGUACAACAGUUUCAACACCAGUGUCUAGUACAACAGUGUCAACACCAGUGUCUAGUACAAAAGUGUCACCACCAAUGUCUAGUACAACAGUGUCAACACCGAUAUCUAGUACAGCAGCGUCAACACCAGUGUCCAGUACAGCAUCAUCAACACCAGGGUCUAGUACAGCAUCGUCAACACCAGUGUCUAGUACAACAUUGUCAACACCGGUGUCUAGUACAACAGUGUCAACAGCAUCAACACCAGUGUCUAGUACAACACCGGUAUCUAGUACAACAGUGUCAACACCAGUAUCUAGUACAACAGUUUCAACACCAGUGUCUAGUACAACAGUGUCAACACCAGUAUCUAGUACAACAUUGUCAACACCAGUGUCUAGUACAACAGCGUCAACACCAGUGUCUAGUACAACAGUGUCAACACCAGUGUCUAGUACAGCAUCGUCAACACCAGUGUCUAGUACAACAGCGACCACCCCAAUGUCCACUACAACAGUCUCAUCACCAGUAUCUAGUACAGCAUCGUCAACACCAGUGUCUAGUACGCCAGCAUCAACACCAGUGUCUAGUACAACAACGGUAUCUACUACAACACCAAUAACAUCCACCACCACGACAUCUUCUUCGGCGUCCAGUUCAUCAUUUACUUCCACGCAAUCCUCUGCCCAGACGUCCAGCGUCAGUACACCUUUAAUAGCUGUACAUAGUAACCCACUCGUAUCAACAACUACUACGAGUCACAGUACUAUAUCGACAACGUCUUCACCCCAGUCUAGUACAACAGUGUCAACACCGAUAUCUAGUACAACAGCAUCAACAUCAGUGUCUAGUACAACAGUGUCAACACCAGUGUCUAGUACAACAGCAUCAACACCAGUAUCUAGUACAGCAUCAUCAACAUCAGUGUCUAGUACAGCAUCUACAACAGUGUCAACUCCAGUAUCAAGUACACCAGUGACAUCAACACCAGUGUCUAGUACAACAGUGUCAACACCAGUAUCAAGUACAGCAUCGUCAACACCAGUGUCUAGUACUACAGUGUCAACACCAGUGUCCAGUACAGCAACAUCAACACCAGUGUCUAGUACAGCAACAUCAACACCAGUGUCUACUGUACAUAGUAAUCCACCCGUAUCAACAACUACUACGAGUCACAGUACUAUAUCGACUACGUCUUCACCCCAGUCUAGUACAACAGUGUCAACACCAGUAUCUAGUACAGCAUCGUCAACACCUGUAUCUAGUACAACAGUGUCAACACCAGUAUCUAGUACAACAGUGUCAACGCCAGUAUCAAGUACUGCAUCUUUAACACCAGUGUCUAGUACAACAAUGUCAACACCAGUGUCUAGUACAGCAUCGUCAACACCAGUGUCUAGUACAACAGUGUCAACACCAGUGUCUAGUACAACAAUGUCAACACCUGUAUCUAGUACAACAGUGUCAACACCAGUAUCUAGUACAGCAUCAUCAACAUCGGUGUCUAGUACAACAGUGUCAACACCAGUAUCUAGUACAACAGUUUCAACACCGGUGUCUAGUACAACAAUGUCAACACCAGUGUCCAGUACAGCAUCGUCAACACCGGUGUCUAGUACAACAGUGUCAACAGCAUCAACACCAGUGUCUAGUACAACAGUGUCAACACCAGUGUCUAGUACAGCAUCGUCAACACCAGUGUCUAGUACAACAGUGUCAACACCAAUGUCUAGUACAACACCAUCAACACCAAUGUCUAGUACAGCAUCGUCAACACCAGUGUCUAGUACAACAGUGUCAAUACCAGUAUCAAGUACUGCAUCAUCAACACCAGUGUCUAGUACAACUGCCUCAACACCAGUGUCCAGUACAGCAUCAUCAACACCAGUGUCUAGUACAGCACAGUCAACACCAGUGUCUAGUACAACAGUGUCAACAACAGUGUCUAGUACAACAUCAUCAAUACCAGUGUCUAGUACAACACCAAUAACAUCCACCACGACGUCGUCUUCUUCGGCGUCCAGUUCAUCAUUUACUUCCACGCAAUCCUCUGCGCAGACGUCCAGCGUAAGCACACCUCUAAUAGCUGUACAUAGUAAUCCACCCGUAUCAACAACUACUACGAGUCACAGUACUAUAUCGACUACGUCUUCACCCCAGUCUAGUACAAAAGUGUCAACACCGAUAUCUAGUACAACAGCGUCAUCUCCAGGCUCUAGUACUGCAUCAUCAACACCAGUGUCUAGUACAACAGUGUCAACACCAGUAUCAAUGUCUAGUACAGCAUCGUCAACACCAGUAUCUAGUACAACAGUGUCAACACCAGUAUCCAGUACAACAGUGUCAACACCAGUGUCUAGUACAACAGUGUCAACGCCAGUGUCUAGUACAGCAUCGUCAACACCAGUGUCUAGUACAGCAUCGUCAACACCAGUAUCCAGUACAAUAGUGUCAACACCAGUGUCUAGUACAGCAUCGUCAACACCAGUGUCUAAUACAGCAUCGUCAACACCAGUGUCUAGUACAGCAUCGUCAACACCAGUAUCUAGUACAACAGUGUCAACACCAGUAUCCAGUACAACAGUGUCAACACCAGUAGUGUCAACACCAGUGUCUAGUACAACAGUGUCCACAACAGUGUCUAGUACAGCAUCAUCAACAGCAGUAUCUAGUACAUCUAGUACAACAGUGUCAACACCGAUAUCUAGUACAACAGCGUCAUCUCCAGGGUCUAGUACAACAGCAUCCACACCAGUGUCUAGUACAACAUCAUCAACACCGGUGUCUAGUACAACAAUGUCAACACCAGUGUCCAGUACAGCAUCGUCAACACCGGUGUCUAGUACAACAGUGUCAACAGCGUCAACACCAGUAUCCUUUACAACACCGGUAUCUAGUACAACAGUGUCAACACCAGUAUCUAGUACAACAUCAUCAACACCAAUGUCUAGGACAGCAUCAUCAACACCAGCAUCUAGUACAGCAUCGUCAACACCAGUGUCUGGUACAACAGCAUCAACAUUGGUGUCUAGUACAACAGUGUCAACACCAGUAUCAAGUACUACAUCGUCAACACCAGUGUCUAGGACAGCAUCAUCAACACCAGCAUCUAGUACAGCAUCGUCAACACCAGUGUCUGGUACAACAGCAUCAACAUUGGUGUCUAGUACAACAGUGUCAACACCAGUAUCAAGUACUACAUCGUCAACACCAAUGUCUAGUACAACACCGUCAUCUCCAGUGUCUAAUACAACAGUGUCAACACCAGUAUCUAGUACAACAGCAUCAAGUAAAAUGUCAACUCCAAAUGUAACGACGAAAUCGAUGAACCCGACGACGAUUAAUCCACUAAACAUACAAACGUCAAUAAAAACAACAUCAAUGAAGUUAACAACAAUAUAUUUGACAAAGAAACCUAAGCUUACACCGCCACCACAAAUCCCUGCAUCAAUUUUCAAUCCCAAGGAUCCUGUUGAUUGUAAAUUUGCACUUAGCAAAUUCUCAUGUUCGAUGUCACUUGUGCGACUCCAUUGUAAAUAUUCUUGCGCCGGACGAUUCUCCACCACAACCAGACCUACAAGUAAACUUCCUGUCACAAGUCCUUCAGUAUUAGUGGCCCUUACGACAAAGAAACCUGUGCCAACAACAGGACCUCUAUCCUCUAGUACACCUGCACGAACAUCAGCGGCAACUACGUCAAUAACAACGCAAUAUUUGACCAAAGUUCCGAAAAUUACCCCGCCUCCUCGAAUACCAGCUUCCAAUUACGACACAAGAGAUCCAGUUGACUGCAAAUUUUCCCUGAACACCUUCAGUUGUUCUAUAUACGUGGUUCGUCUGCACUCGAAAACAACGAUUGCAUCUAAUACAGUGCCUCAGCCCACAGCACAUGUACCUGUUGGAUGA